AUGACGGACCGUUUGGCGGACACUGUGACGACGGACGACCUCGUGAACAGUCUGCUCGCGUCCGUCGCCACGCCACGCGACGCACAGCCGUCUGCGCCUCUCUCGGCUUCCACGACUGACUUUACGCCGGCGAUAGCGGAGAGCAGCAGCCCCAGUAACGGUAACAAUAACAGUAACAAUAACCGUAUCGACGACAGAGAGGACGUCGAGAGGCCUCGGACGCCGUCUCCAGUUCCCACGGACGCUGUCGGACGGCCUUUGACGCUGGAGGCGACACCCGAGACGAUCGCUUCCAGAGGAGAGCCCACCAGCGACAGCAGCAGCGCCAAUGGCAGUCUGACGCCCUCUACGAACGCUACGGGCAGCAGCAGUCGCGACACAAGUGCUGCUAUCAAGAAGGACAACAGCAGCAGCAGUGCAAGCAGUGGAAGCAGUAAAAGCAGCAAUGGGGCUGUGCUCUCUGUGGGAAUCGCUGUGGGGAUCCUGCUCCUCGUCGUUGCGGCAGUGCUGUUCUUGCGGUCGCGUCGACGACGGCGGUCCAAGUCGGGUGAGCCGCUGGACACGACGUUUGCUGCUGCUGCUGCUGCGGGCGCCGCAGCGCUGACAGUCCCGACCGAUCGCGGCUUCCAGAAGGAGCACGACUUGGGCCUCCCCGAGCUCUCGAUCGAGCUCUCGCCCGGGCACUUGGGGCUCUCGAAGGGCUUUGACCUGAGCUGCGCGUCGUCUACGCGGUCCAGCGCCGCGAGUUACCAGCCGAACGCGAGCGUCGCCAGCAGUUCCGGCAGCAGUGUGUUCAACACGAAAGGCGGCGUGAGCCCCACGGGGUUUGGCCACCGCAAAGGCGCAGGCAGUUUCUCGUACCGCGAGUCCGAAGACGAGCGACGGCCCGCGGCGACCAACUUGGCAGCGAGCACGACGUUCCACCUCACGGGUUUGAUUGGCAACGGACAGACGAGUCGAGCAGGAGGCACUGGAGGUGCAGCAGCAGCAGGAGGGACAGGAGCUGCAGGAGCAGGAGCAGGUACAGGAGCAGGAGCUCUGCACUUGUCGCGGGGGAUGGCGAAAGGGGGUCGAAAGCUGUCGGCGCCUGAUGAGUACGCAGAGCUCGCGACGACGACCAGUGCCUAUGGAAAGCUCGAGCAUACCGUGCCGCCGACAAUGGUGCUGCAUGCGGACUUUACACAGAGUGGCUCGAGUCAGAACGAGCUGGACGUGAGCAUGGGCCCGGACGGCGACAACUUUAGUUUCGUCGCGCCGCUGCCCGUGCGUGCUCCAGUGCCGGCGAUCCGCCGAGCGUCCGACGAGAGCUUGGGCCCGGACUCGCCACUGGCCCGAAGCAGCCGACGGCCUGGACCUGUGUAUGGCAUGCUGCCGGCCAGGAGGCAACAGCGGUCGGAGGCGGAUGAGGAAGUCGACUUGAACGGCAUGUCGACCGUGUCGUUCCUGUCCGAGUCGUCGCUCUCGUCGACGUCGACGCGAGACAGUCUCACAACGUCGAUGCACGCGUCGGCGUACGAGUCGUUCAUGCCGCUACUGCAGCAAUCGUCGAGUGCCGACGACGGUGACUAUGGCGAAGAGGUGUCGCUGGACCGCGCGUCGAUGGCAUCGGCGGAACAGGCGAAGAUGGCGCGGUCGGGGUCGCUGAUUGCGCUCAAGCUCGAGGCCCACAGCGGGGCCAGUGAGAUUGCCAUCUGA